UUUUAGUGGCAAUGGAUGAGCGAUGGCUACUUUAUUGUGACCUAGGAAGGUAGCAACCUGUUUAAUAGCCUCAAUAAUUGUUAGUCGUUAAGAAAGAUAAAUAGGUGAAGGUUCAUAAAACGUGACCACCCCAAAAAAAAGAAAAAAAGAAAAGCAGAAAAGUACUUUGCCAGAAUGGUCCUGGCAGCCUAGGCAACGCAACUCUCUCUCCUGAAAAGGAGAGUUUGAGAAGAAAGAAGAAGAAAAAAAUCGAAAUAAAAAUCUCUGAAUGAAGCAUUUUAGGACAUAGAUUUAUACGAACUUUAUUACUUAUUUUUAUCUGCAGAAUACGCUGCUGAAGUUUUCAUACACAAUUCUGACCACCCUGUAGUUACCACAAAAUACUAUUUUGUUUAUUAAAAUUAUGUUUCCAUAGCACCCAAAGAGAAAAAUUGUAACAAAAAUAAAUAUUAAAUAUUACAAAUUUGAAUUAACUAACUACAAAACACGUUGAAGUCAAUUUGUUUAUUUUACCAGGAAAAAACAAAAUGGUUUCGUUUUACUUGAAGAUUAUUUAAUAAAUAUUUGCAGUAAGCUAUUUAAUUAUAAACAAUUACGAACAUCCUCGAUGGCACCGACCAAAUAAAUGACCGACUUAUGUAUUCGUUCCAAUAAUAAAUAUAGUAAAAGUAACUUUACAAGAGGCAGAUCGAACUCUGAUGGAGCAGCACGUUCAGCGUACUUAGAAGAUGCCCGUGCUUUUCCUAGUCUACCCAACUCGGUUUUGGAGAAAAUGGGACUCCAUGGAGACACACCAAGAGACCGUUUGAGUGAAGAGAACUUAGAACAAAAGUUCACCACUUUGGCCUUGGCUUUCACCAUCGAUUCAGCAACCAUCAAAGACAGAUGUGAAAGGCAAAGAAGAACCAGGGAUCAAACUGAGACCAAUUUCAACCUCGAAGUUGACAAAUUGAGAGAAAAACUGACUUUCCUUCAACCAUUUUGUACCGAUUUUGAAAGGGCCGAACUCUUAUCCAUGCUUUUUGCUCAGGUUGAUACAUUAAUGAAAGCUGCAUCCUUAGUGUCUAUUUCGGCUGAAAGAUACGGCGCAGUACAGCAUGAAGAAAGGCUGACAGAAUCAGUCCAGUUGAUGCUGACACACGUCCAGGCGUUGAAGCAGCAACGAGAUUCAGCAAGGAGACAGCUUCAAUACACCAAGAGGGUCCUUCAAGAGCCAAUCCAGCCUUUGCCAAUCCAAAACCAAAAAGGUUUAGCUGGAAUAAACAAGAAAAUUAUCUGCAAAAGAAGAGCUAGUGUUGAUUCGGUGAAUUCGCUUCAACAAGACCAGGCUAUCAAGCUAAAUAGAAGAAUAUCAGAUCUGUCAUUUAGAGCUCACUUACCAAAGACUACCAGACCAAGUAGAUUAGAUUUAGGUAUGGAAUUGAAGAAGAUCAAGGAGAUAGCAUCUGAUGAAUCUAUAAAGGACCAUGCAAAAAACGUGGAUGAUGUUCCUAUUGUACAGACAAUUUUAAGAGAAGAUAGUAAUAUAGAAUUUGUGGCUGGUAAAAAUGAUAUUGUGAAUUCCCCCAAAGAUACUUGUAGGAGUAUCUUGAAGCAUGCUAAUAGUUUUUUGAGAUGUCAAGCUGAACGCCACUCGGCAACUGUCAAAACCAAGCUCAUCCAGUUCUUCGGCAAAUGGUCCGAAAACGACUACCUCCGCGCCAUUUUGAAUGCUUGUGCUGUGCUGUGCUUCUCUGUUAGUAUCCUUACUCUAGUCAGUUUGUUUCUGGAACAAGAAUCAGUGUGGAACUUUUCGUGGUUUUUGCCUAGGAACAAUGUGAAAAAUUAGAUGUUGUGUUAUGAAUAAACCAGUAUCAGA